GAGCCACAACGGGAACUCUGAGAAACUCACUAUUUUAUUAUUGAUAACUGUUGUGACUUACUUCAAAUAAAACAGUAAAGUACAGUCUUAGAUAUAGAUCAAAAAUGUGGAUAACUAGAGCAGCAUUCUCGUCCCUUGGGGACUUGUUGCAUUUGGGGAAACAGGCUAAAGCUGGAGAAGGGUACACCGCAGAAGGAUGUCAUUAUCAAGUCAGAUGCACCUGACACCCUAUUCCUGGAGAAGCAUGCAGAUUAUAUUGCAUCCUAUGGCUCAAAGAAAGAUGAUUACGAAUACUGUAUGUCUGAAUAUCUGAGAAUGAGUGGAAUCUAUUGGGGUCUGACCGUAAUGGAUCUCAUGGGCCAACUACACCGUAUGAAUAGAGAAGAAAUUUUGGCAUUUAUUAAGUCGUGUCAACAUGAGUGUGGUGGAAUAAGUGCUAGCAUUGGACAUGAUCCGCAUCUUUUAUAUACUCUUAGUGCUGUCCAGAUCCUUACUCUUUAUGAUAGUAUUAAUGUUAUUGAUGUAAAUAAAGUUGUGGAAUAUGUUCAGAGUCUACAAAAAGAAGAUGGUUCUUUUGCUGGAGAUAUUUGGGGCGAAAUUGAUACAAGAUUCUCUUUUUGUGCGGUGGCAACUUUGGCCCUAUUGGGGAAGCUGGAUGCUAUUAAUGUGGAAAAAGCAAUUGAAUUUGUAUUAUCCUGUAUGAACUUUGAUGGUGGAUUUGGUUGCAGGCCAGGUUCUGAAUCUCAUGCUGGGCAGAUCUAUUGUUGCACAGGAUUCCUGGCUAUUACUAGUCAGUUGCAUCAAGUAAAUUGUGAUUUACUUGGUUGGUGGCUUUGUGAACGACAGCUUCCAUCAGGUGGACUCAAUGGAAGGCCAGAGAAGUUACCAGAUGUAUGCUAUUCGUGGUGGGUGUUGGCUUCCCUUAAGAUAAUUGGAAGGCUUCAUUGGAUUGAUAGAGAGAAACUGCGUAGUUUCAUCUUGGCUUGUCAAGAUGAAGAAACCGGAGGAUUUGCGGACAGGCCAGGAGAUAUGGUAGAUCCUUUUCAUACUCUAUUUGGAAUUGCUGGAUUGUCACUUUUGGGAGAAGAGCAGAUUAAACCUGUUAAUCCUGUUUUUUGCAUGCCUGAAGAAGUACUUCGGAGAGUGAAUGUUCAACCUGAACUAGUAAGCUAGAUUAGAUCCUUCGAUGCAAAGGUCACUUGUAGUUUUGCCAUCUUAAUAUUUUGGUAUUUGAAGUGCUUAGCAAACUUAAUGGCUAUGAUGUUAAUAUUUUGUACAUGAAUUGUGUUGAUUUUAAUAAAUUAUAUGGUUAUACAUACUGUAAAUUAAAGACCUUUAUUGUAUCUGCAGCUGUCCAUUUUCUUCUGGAAUGCUUUUAUUCUGCAUAUAUUUUGUUUAUGUUUCAAUGUGUUAUGUGUCUCUAAAAGCAAACUUAGUUGGAUUCUUUAGCUGAAGUCUUGUGUUUGUACUCCCUUGUUAUAUAUAAUUAUAGUUAAUGUAAAUUGGUCAUUAUCAAUGAGAAUGUUAACUGAACUCCAUAUGAAUUAAAAGAUGAAAAAGAUGCCUGAAAUU